UAGAGAGGAGCUGGCUGCAGAAUCAGACAUGGACACCCUCUGCUCCCAGUAGCCUUGAUGUCUUCUCUGAUGUUUUCCGUCAGACAGAUGGAGAACUGCUCCCAGUGCUUCGGAUAGAGUGGAAGGUGGCCACAGAUGCUAGCAUCCGCUAUCUCCGAGGGGCAGAGCUGGCAGUGAUGCAAGUGAGCAGCAAUCAACAGAUCUGCGCCCAGUUUGAAUUUCAGAACAACUUGCCUCUUCAGGUCCGUCCAGAUGGAGGCCGGUGGAAUUUCACUUUUAACCGCUUUGAGGUGGAACCUGGCCAGACUUACCAAGUGACUGUCUACCACCUACCCAAACUGAGUGUAAAUGGAGACUACAAUUGCAAGUCCAUGUCUCUCACAAUGCCUGAUUGCAAGGACCCUCUGAUGAAAAGAACCACCCCAUGUGUAAAGACAGGCAGUCUGUGGGAGCCCAAGAUCCAAGCUAGAAGUCUAGAUGAUAUAACUCUGCUUGUGAGCUUUAAUCCAUGGAAGGAACCAACCCGAUAUCAAAUUCAUGUGACCAGUUUCCUGAAUGAGAGGAAGUGUAAAAUGAUCACCCGUGAUGUCACAGAGGACGAACUGCAACCACAAGCAAAUGUCACAAUCAAAAUGGAGAAGAACUUGAAAGCUUGCUGCAACUACAAAGUACAGAUUCAGCCGUUCUUUGCCAUCUGUGGUACAGACUGUCUGAGGCACUCUACUUUCAUCCCAUGUUCACUAGCUCCAAAUGAUAUGAUGAUAUGGGUGUACUGGUGUAUCACUGGGAUCUGUGUGUUACUGGUGGGAUCAGUCAUAGCAGGUGUCAUUUGUAUGACCAAAAAACGAGCAGGACACCGGCGAGGAAAGUGCAGCCACUAUGAUUUGCAAACUGCAGUACCACCUACCAACCUUCCUCUACCACCCUUAAAGCCUCGAAAGGUUUGGAUCGUAUAUUCUGCCGAUCACUUGCUCUACGUGGAUGUGGUGUUGAAGUUUGCUGAAUUUCUGAUGACUGUCUGUGGCACUGCUGUAGCCUUAGAUCUGCUAGAAGAUCAUCAGAUCUCAGAGUUUGGGCCAUUACCCUGGCUCACUCGACAGAAGAAGGAAAUGGAAGAACUAUCCUCAAAGAUCAUAAUCUUAUGCUCACGAGGCACCCAGGCCAAAUGGCAAGCCAUGCUUGGGAGCGCGCCUGUGUGUCUCAAGCAAGAUCAGCAAAAGCCAACUGGAGACCUGUUUACCCCAGCCUUGAAUUUGAUCCUGCCAGAUUUCAAGAAGCCAGCCUGUUUUGGAAUGUAUAUAGUCUGCUAUUUUGAUGGGAUAAGUAGCGAGAAAGAUAUUCCUGAUCUGUUCAAUGUCACAUCCAGGUACCAACUGAUGGAUAAGUUUGAGGAUAUUUAUUUUCGGAUUCAGGACUUGGAGAAGUUUGAGCCUGGGCGCAUCCAUCGAAUCCAGGAAAUCACAGCUGAAAACUACAUUGAUACCCCUAGUGGUCGGAAGUUGAAAGAGGCAGUUCAGAAGUUCAGAAACUGGCAGAUAGACCACCCAAACUGGUUUGAGGCUGAAAGCAUCAGCCUAGAUAAUGAUGAAGAGUUGCAAUCCCUAAACAGAGAGAGCCAGAUGGAUUCGUUGCUAAGUGAACCAGGUGGAAUUGUGAAACACCAACUGCACUUACGAGAACCUGACCCUAACUGCUGUUAUGUCAUCAAUCUCCACAUUCGUGAAGGUGAGAACAGAGGUUGUAUACUACAGCCUCAGCUUAAUCUCUGUGGAGAUCCAGCUUCUCAGACUCUGAUUGAUUCUUUGGAUGAGGCUGCUCCAGUUCAGAUAGUAGAGCCAGUCUCUUCCAUGGAAGACAAAAAUAUUUUUGGCCAUCACGUGCUGAGUAAUGAGGACUGCAUGGAAGGAGUUCAUCUUCUGGAGACAAGUUUUCCAAUGAGGAAUAACAUCAUCCUCCAUGAUGACUGUGAUGUUUCAGCAAUAGAUGACCAGAGUCCUGCAAACCUCUCAGGUGAACUGAGAAGCCAUCUGAAUGGGCUUAUGUACUCGCUUUAUCAGCAGAGUGUAAUUCCUUCAGAUGCAUGUUUCUGCCAAGAGGAGGCUGAAAAGCAGCACCAGUUGAUCUUUGAAGACCAGUGCAAAGACCAAAGACAGUCAGUGCAAUCAGACCAGGGUUACAUCUCUAGAUGUUCUCCUUUGCCUCCUGAUGACCCUGUGGAAGAGGAGGAAGAGGAUCAGGAGAAUCAGGUGGUUUGUCAUGAACUCUCUCCAGAGGUCUUGAACAGUCUAAAGAGCCUCCAGCAGCAGCUUUUUUUCCAGGACAUUCAAUGGAGCUCUGAGUCAGGAUAUCCAGCAGAGUUGAUGAACAUGAGCCCAUCUCCAGAGGACUGUUAGGCUCUAUCUGGACCUGCUCCAUCUGAAAUACACAGAUGGAUCGCAUCCAGCACUGAAACUGCAUUUCCAAUGCCAUCCUUCUCCUUGUAUUACAUGUGACAAAUUGGUGGGAUCUUCCUGUCUGCUGCAGAGAAGCAGGGUUGCCCAGCAGCUGAUUAACAUCUCUGCUUCUAAUCUCUGUAUGGAGA